AUGGUUUUCGUGUCGAAAUCCGCUCCAGUAAAACUGUCCACAACACCAGUACACGAGAGAAUCUUCGAAGCUUGUCGAACACAUGCAGCCGCUAAUAAGGAUGCCGUUUGCUUUAUUGACGCAGAAACCACAACAAAGAAGAAGUUGUAUAGAGACGUAGAACCAACAGUGAAUAGUUUGGCAUCAGCUCUUAUAAAACUCGGUUUCAAACCCGGCGACGUUGCAGCCCAAGCGCUUCCCAAUUGUCCAGAAUUCUUGAUUGCAAUGUUGGCAGUGAUGAAGUGUGGUGGUGCCAUGUCGAAUGCUAGCGCGAUUUUCACAGAUUACGAGCUCCAACUUCAGUUCUGUGACUCGAACUCGACGAUUAUCUUCACUGACGAAGACCGUCUCGCCCGUAUACGUCGUGCCACUGAUAAGUGUCCUGGUGUCCGCAAAAUCAUUUGUCUCCGCACGUUUCCAGUGAGAACCGAUUUUCCGGAGAACGUGCUGGACUAUGUGGAGUUGACACAGACACCAGAUCAACCUAUUAAUGUCACUGUUAGCAUGGACUCGAUUGCCCUCUUACCAUACUCAUCUGGAACCACUGGCCGACCGAAAGGAUGUCAAUUGACUCACCGAAACGUUGGAGCAAUGUUGGACGUUGCAAAAGCACAUCUUGAACAAGAAAUCGCGCCGGCAAUGUUUGGAAAAGAGAAAGCCACGUGGAGUAAAGAGCACACAUUGCUCCUGCUUCCAUGGUACCAUGCAUAUGGAUUAAACACAAUGUUUGAGACAAUUCUACUUGGAAUGACUGGAUUAGUUUUUAAGAAGUUCGACACGAUUGUCAUGCUGAAUCGUAUCAAAUUUUAUAAGGUGAAACUCGCAUGGCUCGUCCCUCCAAUGCUCAUUUUUCUUGCCAAAGACCCCAUGGUACCAAUAUUCAACACAGCCCCCUACCUGAAAGUUAUAAUGUCUGCUGGUGCAACGGCCGGAAAGCAACUCUGUGAGGAAGUCAAAAAACGCUUUCCGAAUGCAUGGCUGUGUCAAGCAUACGGUAUGACCGAGAUGGUUCAAUUCACCACUCUACCACGUUUCGAGGAUGGAAACUGUUUUGAGACUGUCGGAAAUUUGGGAGCCACUUAUGAGAUGAAGAUAAUCGAUAAGGAGCAGAAAGAGAUCACCAAAACCAAUACAGUUGGGCAGUUGUGUUUCCGUGGGCCCACCGUAAUGAAAGGAUACUUGAAAAGGGAAGAAGCGGAUAUUAUCGAUAAGGACGGGUUUCUGCAUACUGGAGAUUUGGGUGAAAUUGACGAUAAGGGACGGAUUCAUGUGACUGGAAGAAUUAAAGAGUUAAUCAAAGUCAAUGGAAUGCAGGUACCUCCAGUUGAGAUUGAAGACGUGCUCCUUCUGCAUCCGAAAGUCAAGGAUUGUGCAGUGAUUGGAGUGCCAGAUGAACAUAAAGGAGAAGCUCCGAAAGCAUACGUCGUCAAAAGAGAUCAUACACUAACAGAAGCCGAGUUAACUGAGUUCAUCCGUCAAAAGUUAUCUUCUUACAAAUGGAUUGACUCGUAUGUAUUCAUCGAUUUGAUUCCCAAGUUGCCAUCGGGGAAGAUUCAACGAAAGAAGUUGAAAAAGAUGGCUGAAUCUUCGGAUUCUGGUGAAACCGAUACAGAGGCGAGCAAGUCGGAGAAGAGCGUAACAGAAAGUAUCAGAAAAUGA